AAUGGGAGAGGUGGGUUUGGCGGUUGGGAGGCAGGGGUUGGGGCGGCGGCUGGGCUGACCUGGGGCCUGGAGCCCCGGGGCCGAGGGAGCUGGCCUGCCGGCGGGACGGAGGAAACCUAGUGCCAACCCUGCCAGGUUCCGCCCCCGCGCCUGCCCCCCUCCUUUUUAAGCGCCUCCCGCCAGCCUCUGCUGUGGCUCGCUUCGCCGCGCUCCCUCCUUCCCCGCCUUCCAUACCUCCCCGGCUCCGCUCGGUUCCUGGCCACCCCGCAGCCCCUGCCCAGGUGCCAUGGCCGCAUUGUACCGCCCCGGCCUGCGGCUUAGCUGGCAUGGGCUGAGCCCCUUGGGCUGGCCAUCAUGCCGUAGCAUCCAGACCCUGCGAGUGCUUAGUGGAGAUCUGGGCCAGCUCCCCACUGGCAUUCGAGAUUUUGUAGAGCACAGUGCCCGCCUGUGCCAACCAGAGGGCAUCCACAUCUGUGAUGGAACUGAGGCUGAGAAUACUGCCACACUGACCCUGCUGGAGCAGCAGGGCCUCAUCCGAAAGCUCCCCAAGUACAAUAACUGCUGGCUGGCCCGCACAGACCCCAAGGAUGUGGCACGAGUAGAGAGCAAGACGGUGAUUGUAACUCCUUCUCAGCGGGACACGGUACCUCUCCCGGCCGGUGGGGCCCGUGGGCAGCUGGGCAACUGGAUGUCCCCAGCUGAUUUCCAGCGAGCUGUGGAUGAGAGGUUUCCAGGCUGCAUGCAGGGCCGCACCAUGUAUGUGCUUCCAUUCAGCAUGGGUCCUGUGGGCUCCCCGCUGUCCCGCAUUGGGGUGCAGCUCACUGACUCAGCCUAUGUGGUGGCAAGCAUGCGUAUUAUGACCCGACUGGGGACACCCGUGCUUCAGGCCCUGGGAGAUGGUGACUUUGUCAAGUGUCUGCACUCUGUGGGCCAGCCCCUGACAGGACAUGGGGAGCCGGUGAGCAAGUGGCCGUGCAACCCAGAGAAAACCCUGAUUGGCCACGUGCCCGACCAGUGGGAGAUCGUCUCCUUCGGCAGCGGCUAUGGUGGCAACUCCCUGCUGGGCAAGAAGUGCUUUGCCCUACGCAUCGCCUCUCGGCUGGCCCGGGAUGAGGGCUGGCUGGCAGAGCACAUGCUGAUCCUAGGCAUCACCAGCCCUGCAGGGAAGAAGCGCUAUGUGGCAGCCGCCUUCCCUAGUGCCUGUGGCAAGACCAACCUGGCUAUGAUGCGGCCCGCACUACCAGGCUGGAAAGUGGAGUGUGUGGGGGAUGACAUUGCUUGGAUGAGGUUUGACAGUGAAGGUCGACUCCGGGCCAUCAACCCUGAGAACGGCUUCUUUGGGGUUGCCCCUGGUACCUCUGCCACCACCAAUCCCAAUGCCAUGGCUACAAUCCAGAGUAACACUAUUUUUACCAAUGUGGCUGAGACCAGCGAUGGUGGCGUGUACUGGGAGGGCAUUGACCGGCCUCUUCCACCUGGUGUUACUGUGACCUCCUGGCUGGGCAAACCCUGGAAACCUGGUGACAAGGAGCCCUGUGCACAUCCCAACUCUCGUUUUUGUGCCCCGGCUCGCCAGUGCCCCAUCAUGGACCCAGCCUGGGAGGCCCCAGAGGGUGUCCCCAUUGACGCCAUCAUCUUUGGUGGCCGCAGACCCAAAGGGGUACCCCUGGUAUACGAGGCCUUCAACUGGCGUCAUGGGGUGUUUGUGGGCAGCGCCAUGCGCUCUGAGUCCACUGCUGCAGCAGAACACAAAGGGAAGAUCAUCAUGCACGACCCAUUUGCUAUGCGGCCCUUUUUUGGCUACAACUUCGGGCACUACCUGGAACAUUGGCUGAGCAUGGAAGGGCGCAAGGGGGCCCAGCUGCCCCGUAUCUUCCAUGUCAACUGGUUCCGGCGUGACGAGGCAGGGCACUUCCUGUGGCCAGGCUUUGGGGAGAAUGCUCGGGUGCUAGACUGGAUCUGCCGGCGAUUAGAGGGGGAGGACAGUGCCCGAGAGACACCCAUUGGGUUGGUGCCAAAGGAAGGAGCCUUGGAUCUCAGCGGCCUCAGAGCUAUAGACACCACUCAGCUGUUCUCCCUCCCCAAGGACUUCUGGGAACAGGAGGUUCGUGACAUUCGGAGCUACCUGACAGAGCAGGUCAACCAGGAUCUGCCCAAAGAGGUGUUGGCUGAGCUUGAAGCCCUGGAGAGACGUGUGCACAAAAUGUGACCUGAGGCCCUAGUCUAGCAAGAGGACAUAGUACCCUCAUCUGGGAAUAGGGAAGCCACCUUGCAGAAAAUAUGAGCAAUUUGAUAUUAACUAACAUCUUCAAUGUGCCAUAGACCUUCCCACAAAGACUGUCCAAUAAUAAGAGAUGCUUAUCUAUUUUACACAA